GGGAAGCAAGUCUGCUAUAAACCCUUCGGGUGUUUCAGCAAUGGUAGACCGUUCAACAACAUGCGAAGAAAUUUACCCGAUUCACCACAGAAACUGGACAUCAGAUUCUUGUUGUAUACAACAUCGAACCGGGAGACUUCUGUCGAGCUUCGACCACUGAAGAUAAACGAAAAGACCCUCGGAUUCAGUCCAUUUAUUCCAGAAUCUAAAACAAUUUUUAUUAUUCAUGGGUUUAGUGAUCGAGGAUCGAGUGACUGGAUAUUAGAGAUGAAAAACGAAUUGUUAAAACUGACUGAAACAGUUAAUGUUAUAGUUGUAGACUGGAGGAAGGGUGCUGCUGUUGGGUAUUUAAAGGCUGGAGCAAAUACCAGAGUAGUUGGGGCAGUAUCCGGGUAUUUACUGAAACGUUUACAUUACGUUGGUAAAGUGAAAUACCCGCAGUUUCACAUCAUUGGGCACGAUCUUGGUGCACAAGUGGCUGGUUAUAUUGGUGAAGCUAUUUCCUGCAUACCAAGAAUCACUGGUUUGGAUCCUAGUGGUUUUGGAUUUGAAAAUGUUGAUAAGAGAGUCAAGUUGGACCCAGAAGACGCUGCUUACGUGGACGUCAUUAGAACAAACUGUGGAAGUUUGAUUCGUGGAGACUUCGGAGGGGAAUCGAGGUAUCAAGUCGGUACAGUUGAUUUUUAUGUUAAUGGUGGAAUCAGUCAGCCAGGGUGUUCCAAAAAUAGACUUAACUUUAGAAGGGACAUACUGAAAGGAAACUUAGAGGACAUAACCAAAGUAGCAUGUAGCCAUAUGAGGGCUGUAGAAUACUUUACCAGUUCUAUAACAAAAUGUAACUAUCAAGCACACGUGUGUCCUGAAGGGCCGAGAGUUGACAUUAUAAUGGGCUACCACUCUAUCCCAGGAGAGCACGGCAAGUUUUGUGUGGAAACUGAGGAUACCGAACCAUUCUGUGUAAGUCAUUGGAAUCAUUACAGACAAUUUUCAAUAAUUUGA